GUCCGACAGGCAUGACGGGGAAGAGAAACUGGGUCACCGAUUGAAAUGCAUUUAUGUCACAGUUUUGAGGUUGCUAUAACGUUUUACCAAGCGAGUUUCAAUGGCUAGGUAUAUCCCUUUGGAUCUCAUGUAGACAAGCCAAACAGGUGACUUGGACACCAGAUCAUAAGAGAGUGGACCGUACCAAAGUGGAUGUGACUAGAUCAUACCGAGUCAAACCAAACUGAGCCCAGACCGGCUCAGACCAGCCUGAUUCCAAUAGUACCAAGCCCGGACUGGGAGGCUUGUUUCAGUUUCCUAGCCAGUCGAGGGCUCUCGAGUGGAUGGAAGGAGAUGAUUUUAACACAGAGGCUGUGAUGAACAUCUGCGAUGAUCUGAUGGCAGACCAAAGGAUGGACAUCUCGUCUACAAUGACAGACUUCAUGUCUCCUGGCUCCACUGACCUCAUCUCUAGCUCCAUCAGCACACCCAGCAUGGACUACACCCGCAAGAGGAAAGGGAGCACCACAGACUACCAGAUCGAUGGCUUUUCAUUUGAUGACAUGGACCCAGACAAGGACAAAAUGGGAAGUGACCAGCAAGGCCGAAUAAAGAAUGCCAGGGAGGCACACAGCCAGAUUGAGAAGCGUCGCCGGGACAAGAUGAACAGCUUCAUUGAUGAGCUGGCGUCAUUGGUGCCCACCUGCAACGCCAUGUCCCGCAAGCUAGACAAGCUUACCGUCCUGCGCAUGGCCGUCCAGCACAUGAAGACUCUCAGAGGUGCAGCCAAUCCCUACACAGAGGCCAACUACAAGCCCUCCUUUCUAUCAGAUGAUGAGCUGAAGCAUCUGAUACUGCGGGCUGCCGAUGGGUUCCUGUUUGUGGUUGGCUGUGAUCGUGGGAAGAUCCUCUUUGUGUCUGAAUCCGUUUACAAGAUUCUCAACUACAGCCAGAAUGACCUGAUAGGCCAGAGUUUGUUUGACUAUCUUCACCCCAAGGACAUUGCCAAGGUUAAAGAACAGUUGUCCUCUUCUGACACAGCCCCGCGUGAGAGGCUUAUUGAUGCUAAAACUGGUCUGCCAGUAAAGACCGACAUCACCCCUGGUCCGUCGAGACUUUGUUCUGGAGCCAGGCGGUCAUUCUUUUGCAGGAUGAAAUGCAACAGGCCCUCUGUCAAGGUAGAGGACAAGGACUUCCCCUCCACCUGCUCCAAGAAAAAAGCGGAUCGCAAGAGCUUCUGCACCAUCCACAGUACAGGCUACUUAAAGAGCUGGCCUCCCACCAAGAUGGGUCUGGACGAGGAUAACGAACCAGACAACGAGGGCUGUAACCUGAGCUGCCUGGUGGCUAUUGGCAGGCUGCACCCACAUAUCGUCCCCCAGCCCAGCCUGGCAGACAUCAGGGUGAAGCCUACUGAAUACGUCUCCCGGCACGCCAUUGAUGGAAAAUUUGUCUUCGUUGAUCAGAGAGCCACAGCAAUCCUAGCCUACCUGCCGCAGGAGCUGCUGGGAACCUCCUUCUAUGAGUAUUUCCACCAGGAUGACAUCAGCCACCUGGCAGAGUGCCACAGACAAGUGCUUCAGAUGAGAGAAAAGAUCAACACCAACUGUUACAAGUUUAAGAUCAAAGAUGGCUCCUUCAUCACGCUGAGGAGCAAAUGGUUUAGCUUUAUGAACCCCUGGACCAAGGAGGUGGAGUACAUCGUCUCCACCAAUACUGUUGUGUCGUGCCCCAUGAUGGAAGGAUCAGACUACCCCCAAUCUGCUGCUUCUCCUCAGAGUAUGGACAGUGUUCUCACCUCAGAGGGUGGAGGAAGGCGAGCGCUGCAGACAGUGCCUGGUAUCCCAGGUGGCACGAGAGCAGGAGCUGGCAAGAUUGGCCGCAUGAUAGCAGAGGAAGUGAUGGAGAUCCAGAGGAUCCGAGGUUCAUCGCCCUCCAGCUGUGGCUCCAGCCCUCUAAACAUCACCAGCACCCCUCCUCCCGACACUUGCUCUCCAGGCGGCAAGAAGAUCCAGAACGGAGGGACACCAGACCUUCCGACACCAGGCAUCAUCCCUGGGCCUGACUCUAUAGGAUAUCCCUACUCCAAUCAGUCUAUUAUGAGUGACAACUCCCACCUGAGCAUAGACAUCAUGGAUGAGCCCGGCUCCAGCAGCCCCAGCAACGACGAGGCCGCCAUGGCAGUCAUCAUGUCUCUGUUGGAGGCCGACGCUGGCCUGGGAGGCCCCGUUGACUUCAGCGAUCUCCCCUGGCCUUUGUGAGGUCUAAAAAGAGACUGCAGCUUAAAAACCAGAGCCAUUGACAGAAAGGGUUUAAUCAGGUCAUAUUAGAGGUAUCAUGUUGCCGUGCUCCGUACACAGAAGAACAGCUGAAUCUAACUUUGACAGGCCCCCUGACGUUUCGACACGGUGACAUGCACAGCGUCGUCAAACUGGGGAAAUGCAGAAUCGCUGGUGACGUAGCAGCGGCUGCGGAGGAAGGCUGCGAUGUGUAACGUGACUGCCAAUUACUGCCGUGACUAAACGCUAUCUAUUAGUGGCUCUGGCCCCCCACCACGCCCUGUCAGCCAACAACCAGCCCUCAACCGACACCAGGUUCUUAAAGAGUUCGGUUUCGAGAACAGAUGUGGAAUUCCGUGGCUUAGUCGCUAGAUGUUUCCAAGGCAGGAAGUAGGGGUGGAGUGUUUUUUUGGGUGGCGGACCAGAUGACCUAAUCAGUGCACCAUGACCCUUGUAACAUCUGUGUCUGUGUGUUAAAGCAACUCCUUGUAGACAACUAAAAUCGAUUUGAUUUAAUACAAGCAGGGCAUUUGGUACCCUCAAAAAGCCCAUAUCAUCCAAGGUGUG